AUGGCGAUGCGCUUUUGCGGUGCAGCACAAUUGGCAGUCUGCAUUUCUGGCAGUCUCCCUGCAAGUGCAUCUGCGCAGAGCGUGCGGCCGUACGCGGCUUACACUGGCCUUGCAGCUUUCCCGAGCAAGCUUGCAGCAUCGAGUGGCCCUGCAAGGCUAAGAAGGAGCCGCAUUCAGAGGUCACAAGACACUCAGAACGACCCUGGCCUGAGCCCUUCAGAUGGCCUGGAGACACGGAAGCAGGUGUGGAGGCCACUCCUCAAGGGAGGCACCGUGGGAAGCCUGGCUUUCUUGGCUGGCAUUGUGGAGGCUGCGUGCGUCACCAGAUAUCGCUGCUAUGUUAAUAUGAUGACCGGCAACACUGUUAUGGCCGGAGCUGCUUUGGCCUUUGCCCAAUGGGGUAAGCUUGCGUUUUUUUCCACUUUGUUGCUUCACUAUGUAUCUGGUUUCGUGUUGUUUCGCUUUCUGGAUUCGCGACUCGGGCCUCGGAGGGUUGCAGCCACUGCCCCGUUGAUUCUUCUCAUCCACUGUUCCUUUGACGCCUUGUCUUGCAGAUACGACUCUUCGUGGCCUCUGCCUCUCUUGGCGCUGGGCUGCGGCGUGGUGAACGCCUUUUCAUCCAGCAGUUCUGGUGUGGUCACCAACAUGCUGACGGGACAUUGGCAUAUCCUGGCAAGCUCGACGGCUGACGUGAUGUCUGGCAGCACCCUGGACCAAAGCAAGCGCAGUGUCGCGCGACGAAGCUUAGGUGUCGUGUGUGCUUUUGUGCUGGGCGUGCUCAGUGCGCAGCUUCUGCUACGUUGCGGCCUGCCCGUGAGGUUCUGGUGGCUGGGCGUGGCAUAUGCAUGUCUGUUCCUUCUGCAUGUUGAACGACCAAGUGCUGGAUUCAGUGAAGUAAUGAAGCCGCUAUCCGUUUCGAAGUUCUGCCCUGCAGAUGCACCAGACAGGCCCCAUUUCCCCGUUGUGGGCGUUUUCCCUGGGCUGGUUACCAGAAAGUCCCUGCCCAAUGAGAAGGGCAAGCUGCAGGUGGAGGUCCUCCCCGGAUUCGCCCGCAGCUUCUGCUUCUGGGCUUUGGCUCUGGGCCUCUUCUUCUUCAGGUGGAAAUUCUUCAUGGCCCUCUCAUGGAGGGUGUCGACGUCCAAGAUCCUCGUGGAGUCUUUCGCAUUGCACAGGCUUGUCCAGUGCCGAGAUGUGUUCGGCCAAGCUGGUGGAGAGGCUUGGACCAGGCUUCAAUUCCAGGAGCUGUUGCCGGAGCUCACUUUGUCCGUGCAGCUGGCUUGGAUGCUGCGUCUCAGGUCUCCAGAUGAGCCUCGCCUGCCUCGCCUGAGAAGCACGUUGAAGCUAAGUGUGGAGGGUGUCUUGCUUGCUGAGCUCAAUCUGCCUGCAGAGGUCAGCGAGACGUUGUCCAGUUUGCAGCUGUAUGCAUUACUCCUGGAAGAACGCCUCAACUGCAUCCACUGGGAGGCUGAGGCGCGCCGAUCUGCAGCAGUGGUGGAGAGCCUGCUGCAAGGGGUGGAGGUUCUCGCCAAGCCGUCUGAAGAAUGGCGGGAAAGCAACAUCCAAAAUGCCGCCGAGGUGCCCAAAGAGGUCCUCAGAGGUGGCAUCGAGCUGCCGGUAGCAUCGGUUUGGGAAGCGGACGACAGGUUGGGCUCCUUUGUCAAAGUAGGAGGUGCAGAAGGACGAAACAGUCCGAGCGCUUUGACGACGGAGGCUGUGCGCGUCUUCCCUGCGAGCCGCGUUGCAGGCCCAGUCCAUGCUCAGCGAGCUAACCAAAAGAAAGCAUUCAGCAGAACAGAUGCAGGCGAGGAAGUGGUGACACUCGCAGUCUGUGUCGGCAGAUUUGCAGCGCCCGACUCGCAGUCUUUGGUCUCCGAGCUGAGCAUGACUGCGAGCACCACGGACUUGGUGCUCAGCAUCGAAAAAGCCGUGCAGGCAGUGACCCAGUCCAGUAGAUGCAUGGUCUUUUUCAUCGAUGAUGACGAGGCCUGGGCUCCUCCGACGGCUACGGUGCCCGAGCCUGCGCGCAUGGUGUUGGACGUCGGGCUGCCGGGCAGAAUCGCCAUGCUGGCCAAGGACAGCGCAUUGCUCAAGCUGGCUGGCUCUCAUCAUUCGUUCCUACUGCUGCACGGCAGUGGCUUUCUGUUGGCCGUGUCUAUCCUUAUUCACUAUCUUACCUAUGCUACCGAUCUGAAGCCCCUUGGACUCAUUGUGGCCAGCGCCAAGACCUCCAGGUCCAAAGAGGGCGAUUUGCUGUCCAAGCUGUGGGGCCCCAUCAGUGUGGAUUUUACGCAGCAAGACGCAGACUUCCUGGAGUGGCUUGCAAGCGCAGACCGUGCCUCAGCCAGUAGCCACCUGGACCGCCUUUCGCUGGACGUGAUGUGGACACGAGACGAAUCCGAAGACUUGCUUGUCUCGGAGUACUACACAGAGGAGGCGAUGGCGACCAGGUCCAGAGCCCGCACGGAUGGGAGCACCGGAAGAACUGGAAGCAAGGCCUCCGGUCACGGUCGAUCCGUGGGUCGCGUGAAUACAGUUCACAAGUUUACGGGUCACGUUGCCACCGCUCUGGACUUCACCUCUUCGAAGGGCAUGUUGGCAUUAGUACAGGAGGUGGAGAAGACCUGCAUUAGGGACCUGACCGCGGAGCCUCAUGUGGACGUGUCACAGUGGGAGAUCGAUUACUGGGUCUUGACGUCGCAUGAGCAAUUUGUGCUGCUGGUGACGGCUAUACGUCAGCUGGACAUUUUCGAUCACCUUAGCAUCGACGACGGUGUCCUCAUGCGCUUCUUCCAGGCUGUGAAGAGCACUUACAGAAGCGUCCCGUUCCACAACUUCCACCAUGCAAUGUCAACUACGCACUAUGCUUCGAAGAUGGCAAAGGCACCGGUAGUUGCAGACCUUUCGGCGUACUUAACGUACCCUGAGCUGUUUGCCCUUGUGAUCGGAGCGCUUUGUCAUGAUCUCGAUCAUCGCGGGUAUAACAACGCCUUCGAGAUUAUGACGCGCAGUGAGCUCGCGCUUCGAUACAACGACUCCUCCCCCUUGGAGAAUCAUCAUUGUGCCAGGGCGUUCGAGACAGCUUUGAAUGGUGUGGACUGCAACAUCUUUGAGGAUCUUGGUCCCGAAGUCUACAACCUCGUCCGUAAAAGGAUGGUUGCAGGCAUCCUUGCCACAGACAUGAAGCACCACGGUGAACAUGUCGGCAUCCUGAAAGAGUUCGAGGUGGGAGAGCCCUCCGACUCGCAGAGCCAGUUUCUCGUGGAGGUUCUGAUGCACGCAGCGGACAUAAGCAAUCCCUUCAUGCCACCUGACAAGUCCAAGAGGUGGGCUGUAUGCCUCAACGAGGAGUUCUCUCUUCAGGCUGAUAAGGAGGCGGAUCUCGGCUUACCGGUGACCUCCUUCAUGUCGGGGCUGCACGAGCCACAGGUGGCAGCAAAGUCGCUGUUGGGCUUCAUUGAUUUUGUGGUCACUCCCUUCACGAGUUCUGUCUUCAGGCUGUUCCCCGACCUUGCCGAGCUGAAAAAGUUUCUGGACCAGAAUCGGGAAGCGGCGGCGAUCAUCGUUGAGGAGGCCAGAGUUGCAGUCACCAGGAUGCAGAUUGAGCCCUUUGCAGAAGUCUGCAGUCAGACGAAAGAUCUAGAACGAGCAGCUGAUGAGGACACCAUCGGUAUUCGGGAGUUCAAGAGCACGGCGAAGUUCUUGGCUCAGCUCUCCGAGGACUUCUCUGCCGAUCCUGAGGAGGCCUUCAGUCGGAUCGAUGAGAACCAGGACUACCGGAUAGACCGGGCCGAGUUUGAGCAGGAGAUCAAUCAGAUCAGAGGCUUGCUGGGCACCAGGAAGCUGGCUGCUGCUCUGGGGCAGGUGCAGCAGGAUCUCCAGAUUCGCCAGUCCUUUGCAGAAGAGGCUGCUGUUGAAAGUGCGCAGGAAGUUGGCACCCUGGAAGCUCGGACGCAAGUGCUGGAGCAGAUGGUGGGGUACUUUUCCACCCUUCGGGAGGACUACAGCCAGAAGCUCGAGGACCUGAAGCAGCAAACUGCGAUGCAAGGCAAGGCCAAAGCGCCUCCCAGAGCUCGGGUCUUCGCGGGGCGCAGCAAGAAGGUCGCUGAAACUACGAGGAGCUUGAAUGCCUCUCUGGGUGCGAGUGCUCGGCUCGAAAUCAAGAGACAGUACACUCAUCAAGAUGAUUUCGACGGCCCGGAGAGUCAGGCGCAGGGCCAAGAGCCCGCGGAUGAUGAUGCAGCAGACGAUGAAGAAGGCGAGGAUGACGAAGGAGAGAACCAAGAGUUAGAGGAGGAGGACGCAAGCAAUGACGAGGAUGAGGAGGACAACGAGGAUGACCUCGAGGAAGAAGAAGACGACGAGGAAGAUGAUGAAGAUGCUGAAGAAGACGAGGCGGACGAGGCGCAAGAAGACGAGGCAACCCAGCUGAUAGCGGCGAUGAGUGCUGGUGAGACUCCAGCGAAGAGUGACUUGGAGACCACUCUUCCCCCUGGCAGCAUACCGGAGGAAUCGCAGGGACCUGAGACGACUCAGCCUCCAGCCGGGUCCAGCUCGCAUGAGCCACAAGCGCCCGCAGAAGCGACGGCCACGGCCGAAGCCGCCACGGCCGAAGCGGCCACGGCCGAAGCGGCCACGGCCGAAGCGGCCACGGCGGCGGCAGCGAUGCCUGAUUCUGCAAGUGAGGCGCCCGCCCCGUCUGCACAGCCUUCGGGCGGUACCAAGAAGACCAAGGCUUCGAAGAAGAAGCCGAAGGCGAAGCCCAAAAAGGAGCCAAAGAAAGCUCAGCCGGCCCCGGCCCCUGCCCCGUCCAAAGUGGACUCGCAGCGUCCCUCACUGUCUGGUGCUACCGUCACCGAGCCUUCAAGCACCAAGAGCCAGAGCACCCCUGCCAAGCCCUUUAAGAAAAGCACGGACGAGGAAGGCUUUCGCUGUGUGCAGACCUUGGAAAUGGGCAUGGCCGUCCGAAAUGCGAUCUGCAUCGGCACCGAAGUCUGGACUGUUGAUUGGGCCGGCAAUGUGACGGUUCGCGAAAGGGAUGAUGCGACGAAGGUGCGAAGCGAAAUUCCCACCAACCGGUUUGUUUGGUCGAUGCUUCACAUGGAGCCACACCUCAUGUGGAUGGGCCAGGAAGCAAUGGGAAUUUCCUUGUUCGACACCAAGCGCAAGGAGUUCAAAGGAUCCCUGAUGGGCGGCCACACAGGGGGUGUGACCUGCCUUGCUUCAGGUGAUGCUCUCGACUCCUCCGAAAUGAAGGAGGGCCACAUCCCUCGAAGAAGGGCCUGGAGUGGUAGCAACGACUUCACUAUCCGGCAGUGGACAAUCGAAACCUGGCACUCGAAGGACCAGGGUCCACAGGUGAAAGAUGCCUUUGUCUUAGAGCUCGGAAAGUUCAAGGUUGCGAUCUCAAAGGGUCUGCAGAUGCACGGGCACAAGAACGGCGUUCGAUGCAUGAUUCGCAUCGGCCCCACCCUUUGGUCGGGCUCCGACGACGGGACCAUCCGCCUUUGGUGUACGGCAACUGGUGCUUGCAACGAGGUUGUGGAGAAAGCUCACACAGGCUCCGUGCUCAAGCUGUCCGUCGUGAGAUCCUUCAUCUGGUCUUCCGGUAUCGACGGCUUUAUCCGGGAGUGGACCAUCGGUGGAGCCGAGCGCCAAUGUGUCAGGCAGAUCGCGCCGGAGGGCUUUGCCAAAGGGGCCUAUGCCAUUGUGCCUUUGGGUCACGAAGUCUGGACAUGUGGUCACCAUCCCAACAUACAGGUUUUUUCACAGUCCGACUUCUUCAAGACUGCAGAACAUCCGGCACAUGAUCCUUACGUCUCGAACCUGCUUACGGUAGACCGAAUCGAGACGAAGAUUGUGUGGUCAACCUCCAUCGGCGACAAGAAGCUCAAAGUGUGGCGGCACACCAUUCGUGGGGAAGUCCCUUCCAUAGACGAGCUCAAAGCAGCGAAUCGUCUGUUUGAGGAGGAAGAGGAGGUGCGAGCCCAGAGGAUGGACGAGUUCGUCAAGCGAGCUUCGAAGCUGGAGGAUGAGUUGGCGGUCUCUGCUGAGGAGUAUCGGGCACAGCUGGAGGCCCUGGCCACCGACCUGGCCAAGUCCAAGGCUCAAGAGGAGGAGCUUGAGGCGAGAUGCAAGCAUCUUGAGGAGGAGUUGGAUGGCAUCCGGCAGUUGUUUGAGGAAAUGGGUCUAGGCAAGCUCAUGGAUGACCCCGAGGCACUGGCCAGAUUUCUCCAGCGGGCGCGGUCUCUCGAAAAGAUCUUCAAAGACCUGGGCCUGGAACACUUCCUCGACAAUCCGGAGGCGCUUCGAAAGGUCCUUGAGGCCUUCGCAGAUUUGGGCUUGGAGCACCUCUUGAAGAACCCGGAGGAGCUCAAGAGCUUCUUGCAGUCGGCCAAGCAGCUGAAGGAGAUGCUUGAGGCUGCUGGCUUCGGGGAUGUUUUUGGCGACCCGUCGAAGCUGGAGGAGCUCAAGCAGAGUCUGGAUUUGCUCAGGCGGGUUCGUGACCUCUUCGAAAAAUAUGGUCUUGGCGAUGCCUUCAAGGACCCUGCGUUGCUGGAAGAGAUCCUGUCCAGGUACGAGGGACUGCGCAAAGCUUUUGAAGAAUAUGGUUUCUCGGAGCUGUUCGAGGAUCCAUACAACCUCAAAGGCUUUUUGAGGAACUACGCCAAGCUACGUCAGGCCUUCAAGGACCUGGGAUUAGAGUAUCUUCUGGACAGCGCUGCCGCCAUGCGAGAUUUUCUCGCAGGCCACACCUCUGGAGAGAAGGAGCUUCUCGACCUUCGCGCAAAAGCGUCCAGGCUGGAUGAGGCCGAGGAGAAGCUCCGACGCAGGGACGAAGAACUCGCUAGAGCACGAGAGGAGGCCAAGCAGAUGCGCGAUCGGCUUGCAGCCUUCGAAGCCAUUGGAGACCUCGAGUCGAUGAAGAAGUGGAAGAGCGAGGCUUCCGAACUCCGGGCGCUCAUGCGAGCCAAGGGCAACGUGGAUAGUGAGUUGGCGGAGCUUCGUGCUUUGCUGGAAGAGAAGGAGCGCGAGCGUCAAGAGGCCCUGGAGCGAGAGCGGAUGAUGGCCAUCAAGUACAAGGAGCUGGACAUCUUCAAGCUCGACAUCAUCGCCCGCGAGCUCAAGUCCUUGGACAACGAGCUCGGGUUGGUGGGCAAAGAGGCCAAGUUUCUCCAACAAAGCGCAGGGCGACUGAAAGAUUUCGGGGACCAGCAGCAAAUCCUUCA